AUGGACACCCGAGCGGCGCUGCUUUGGGCGGUGCUGCUGGCUGCGAGCGUCAGCGGCGGCCAGGAGGCGGAAUGCGUGGGCGGCUGCCCGCAGGGGUCCCGGCGAGAGGGCCGCUCCCUCGACCUGCUGUCGGGACUCACUGGCUUUCUGGGCGGGGGCGACGACGAGGCCGGCGCCCCGGACCCGCUCAAGUACCCCAUCUGGAAGGUCCACAAGUACCAUGGCAUCGACCUCCGGCCCGUGCAGGUCGUCGACGUCCGGUCGCCCUACAAGCCACCCGAGCCCAAGCAGGUUUACCCACCGGCAUACGGCCCGCCGGCGUACGGCCCCCCGCAGUACCCGGUGACUGGUUACCAGCCGCCCGCGGGUACCAGCUUCAGUGCCACCUCGGACACUUUCACCGCCUCCGAAGGUGGCUCCAACGGCGACACCAACGGCGGCAGCGGGGGCGGCGGCAGCCCCCUGUCCGCGCUCAUCUCGCUGCUCCCACUGAUCAACAACCUGGUCAGCCUCAAGAGCGGCAAAUUCGGAGGCAGCGGCAACGGCGACGCCAGUGGGGGCUCGCCUCUCGAAGCGCUGGGGUCACUGUCCGGCCUCUUGGAGAGUGCUUCCGGCCCGAUCAACAAGAAAGUGCAGGCGGUGCAGGCGGUAUCCUCGCUGCUGCCCGUGCUACAGCAACUGAAGCACUCCAAGCCGGUGGGCUUCCGCACCUCGCUGGCCGUCGGCCGAGGUUUCGACCCCAACCGCGUGCGGAGGUCGCCGCAACGUAUCUCCAAGCGGUCGCUCCUCCUGCUGCCCAAGAAGUUGGCGGUGCUGGGCGCCAUCUCGAAGCUGCAAAAGAUUAAAUCCGGCAAGAAGGAACCCUUCAGCCUCUUCAACCCCUUCUCUUUCAUUCCUGGCCCGUUCGAACUCGUGAAGGAGGGUCUGAAGACGGUGCUGCCGAGCUUCGUCAGUGGACUGCUGGGCUUCGACGACGAGGAGGAGGAGGAGCCGGGACCGCCGGGACCGGCCGGACCGCCGCUCCCGCCGGGGUCCUACCUGGACACCUCGGCACUGCCCGUGCUCCCCGGCCUGCCCCCGAUUCCCAUCAAGACCGGGCUCUUCGGCUUCGGCUUGCCCCCCAAGUUCAUCUUCCAGCCCGUCGCCGGCGGUCAGCCUUACGUGUCCGUACGUUACCCUCAGAACGGAGCCAGCCCCCCGGAAGAGGACACCGGCACGCAGUACGCGGACGGCCCGGUACCGUACUCUGCACCCUACGAAUAUCCUCCUCAGCCGCCGCCUCCACCGCCACAGUACGGUGCACCGGUGUACAGCCCUCCGGUGUACAGCCCCCCACCGUACGGCGCAGAUCAGCUUCCGCGGUCUCCUCCUCCCGAGCCCGAUUCCAAGCCGGAGCCGGCCGUCGCGUACCACGCUUCGCAAGUGAUCCCCCAGCUCCAGAUCCAGAUCUCGCCGUACCCUCUGUCCCAGGCACAGCACGACAACGGGUACGGCGCGCCUAGUCCCGGUUACGGUCCGCCCGGCCCCAGCUACGGCCCACCGAGCGCCACGUACGCGCCUCCCCUCGAACCCCCUCCGAUGGAGGAACAGUUGGUGUCACAGGAGCAGGAGGUCGAGGUCCCCGAACGUCCGGAGGCGCGUUACCCUCAGGCUGUGCCCCUGGAGCCGUCCACGGAGCCACCUGCACCACCUCAGCUUCCCCCGUCGCCGGCACCGUAUCCACCUGCUCCGCCACCACCGCCGUAUCCACCUGCGGGUCUCCCCCACCAGCCGUUCUCCCCUCCUGACUCGUAUGGCAGCAACUUGGAUUACUCGCCGCCGAGCUUCAGCCACGAUGGCGGCUACGCUCCACAGCAGUUCGGACCGGACGACGGUACCUACUACCCCGGCCCCAGCCUGCCGUACUCUGCAAACGAGAUCCACGACCCUCUGGCCUCCCCGUCGGAAGUCAGCUCCUUUGCGGCCUUCCGCAACUCUCAGCCUUACAGCCCAGAAAUCUUCAACUCGGAAGAUAGCUUCGUGGUAAGUACCUAA